ACUCAAAACAAGUCUUGUUCCUUGUUCUGAAAAUCGUAUUUACUGUGUAAAUAGUUACCUAUUAUAAAUAAAUUCUGUGCUUGUAUUAAAAUCAAUUUACUCGGUUGAUCAAUACAAUGGAGGACAUAUCGUAUAUGUUCAAGCCGAUAGUCCUGGUGACCGGUUUCGGGCCAUUCUUGAACCACCCAGUGAACGCGAGCUGGGAAGCCGUGAAACUAAUGAAUAAGGACGAGAUCGAGAGCAAGCACAACGUGGAGCUGGUGCAGCUGGAGCUGCCCGUCACAUACGAGAACGUCGACGAGUUUGUUCCCGCGCUGUGGGAGACGCACGAACCUAAGCUAGUUAUCCACGUGGGUGUAUCAAAUAUUGCAAAAUGUAUGACAAUAGAGCAGCAAGCGCACAAGAAGGGUUACCAGAGGAUGGACUACUUUGACAAGUGCCCAGCAAACCAUGUGUGCUCAGCCGGCAGUGCACUGCGGAUAUGCACCAAGUUGGAUGUGCAGGACAUAUGUGAUAAGUUCAAUGAUGGCAACCCCAUAUCUGACACUAGUGCAGAACUCUCCCUUGAUGCUGGCAGGUACCUCUGUGAAUACAUCUACUACACCUCCCUGAGUGUGGACAACAGUAGAACAUUGUUUGUCCAUGUGCCGGACUUAAAUGUUUACUCCUCGGAGCAGACCGCGAGGGCGCUGGAAAGGAUACUGGACCUGUGCUGGAGACAGAUCAAGGAGAUGGACGUUGUGACUGAUAAGUUAAAAACCACAAAGCUGGAUGCCAAAGAAUAAACAUAAAAGAUAACGAAAUUGAAAUUGGUAACAUCGUAAAAUUCUUUUGUUAAGUUAAUAUUUAACUUACAUUGGUCA